AUGAGGACUUCUACCAUCAUCAUUUUGGCUGUUUGCCUCUUUAGUGUUGCUUUCGCAAAUAGCAACUCGCAAGAUGGAGCGGCGGAUGAAAGCAAAAAGAAAAUAAUAUCGAGUCCUGUUGCUGCUGCUGAAGGUGAACAACCUAAGGACCCGAAGGUUCCCAAGAAACCCAAGGUCCCCACAAUUCCUAAAUUACCCAAGAUCCCCAAAAUUCCUAAAUUACCCAAGAUCCCCAAAGUUCCUAAACUACCCAAGGUCCCCAAAGUUCCUAAAGAACCCGAGGCACCUAAAGAGGUGAAAAGAUGGGGCUAA